AUGACUCCUGCUGUCUCAACCAGUACAGUAGCAGGGAUGGUUGAGACAUUUAGAUAUCCGCAGCAUAUCGCUCCGAUGAGAGUACACUUUCUGUGUAGUAGGAGAACAUUAGCAUUCAUCAUCGUCCUCAUCUCAACUCUCUGUAUACAGAAUUCACUGCAAGUUGAAGAGAAGUAUUGUUAUGACGAGAGCUUCAGAGUGGCCUGCAGUCGCGACGAUGAGGUCAUCGUGUUCAGAGACGCCACGUUCGGACAGAUGGACGGCCACCACUGCAUCAAAGGCGAGAGUGGGAUAACGAAGGGAUGUCAGAAGAGUGUCCUUCAUCAUCUGGAUCGCAUGUGCUCCGGAAGGAAGUCCUGCAACGUCCUCGUCAACAAUGUUUCAUUUGGCUCACCCCCUUCUUGUCCCAAGAACUACAAACCCUACCUCAAGAUUUACUACGAUUGUCUUAGAGUGGUGACAGCUCCCGCCAACGUGAGUUGUGCUUCUUCCGGUGGUCGGAGUGUCCUCAUAAAUAAUCAGCUACACGGAUACAUAGCCAGCUACGUAACGAUGAGCACCAACUUGGGGUCAGCCAACUGUCCCUGGAAGAUCGAGGUGCCCAAGGGACUGAAGAUUAACCUGACACUCAUCGACUUCACAAUGCCAACGAGCGAUUUGUGGAGAGAAUACGCGGAUGUUGUCGGUCCUGGAUCUGGAAGAUACGGUAACUACGAUCAUCGCGGUCGAUAUCCGUUGAAUCUCGAUCCGUAUCACAGUCACAUGUAUGGAGGAGCAGGGAUGAGUCGAGGGAUCGGAAACGAUUGCAAAAAAUACGGAAUUGUGUCGGAUAAAUCGUCUAUAUCAAGACUGGCGGAGAAAAUUUGUGGCAAAGACGUGCGAGAAAAGCAUAUUCUUUUUUCAAGGAGCAAUGCCAUCGAGUUGAAGAUCUACACGCAGGAUCAAAUGAAUCAAUUCUGGUUCCUCAUCAAAUUUGAUGCGAUUGGUUGCACGGAAAUCUCUCCACCCCAGCACGGUUGGAUGAGGAAGGAUGAGAACGAGAGGUGGUUGAUGGGCUGCAAUCACUCCGACCACACCUGGGCCAUGAACUGCGACGACAUGGAAAAUGUCUGGGUUGGAAAUUAUGAAAACUGCUCCGCCGAAAAUUACGAUUCACAUUAUCUUGUUUUUGGCAAGGUUGCUGUCCCAUACAGUUCAAAGGAGGGAGACACAAGUUGCGACGAGAGUCUAUGCAGGUCUCAUCAACCGACCCCGUUGAAAGUCAAUCCUGCUUCCAUAUCAGUGACGUCAUCAUCUCAGUGUGCAACUAACAACCAACCCCCUCUGACACAACAACCGCAAGAAAUCAAACCGAAACCAAUCUUAAGAAAUGCUCAAAAUUAUCAGCAGCAGCAGCAACAACUGCAACAACAGUACAACCAAUCAUUCGUUGACGCGUCUUUACUUCUCAGUACCAUUGGAAGCAGUUCCGAAAACGUAGCGAGCUGCAACAUUGACGAGAACAUCAGCAAGUACAGCAGUCGAACGCUGCCGUCGUCAAUGAAAGGCGUCAAAUACUCGAGCCACACGCCACAGAGCACCCUCUCCACGGCAUCAAACAACAACGAUUACGUCAGAGAGAUGUGGCCCAUGGCUCCUCCCAUUGCCAGCAAGUUGACAGGAAUUGACAGACCAGACAGCCGCAACGGGACCAGCUUGUUCCAAUAUGGAGACUCCGUAACUUUCAAUCUGCAAAGUGGUCAGACAUCGGGUGGAAAAACUCUUCAACAUCAUCAUCAUCACCACCAUCUCCAUCAUCCCCAUCCUCUUCACCCACAAACGCAACAACUUCAGCAGCCUCUGAUGCACCAGCAGCAACCACACCAGCCACAGCAGACUGGAACUUUGAUAUACGAUGGUGAUGACGACACUCACAUUUACGAAACUCCGAAAUACUUGAGACGCGAGAAAGCGGCCACUAUGCGUUUGCAAGUGAAAUCAGGUCAAGCGAAGACUUUGUCAUUUUACGAGCCGACAACGAACAGCACCGCCCCAACAAACACGAACGUCAUCACAACGGUAGCAACUGCUUCAUCGAUGGUCACAUCAUCCCAGGACUACAGAGGUUCCAAAACUCUCCCUCGCCAGGUCUUAGCGGUGUCCGCGAGUGUCAAAUUAUGA